GAGGCAGUUGCUAGGAGACGGAGGAGUGUGGGCGGGGCUGCAGGAUGUCAGCAUGGCGCCUCUGCUGCCUCCGGUUGGUUCAGAGGUCUUCAGACGCUUCACGCCAGCCUCGCUGGAGGAGAUCAAAAGACGGCAGGAAGCCGAGGAGAAGGAGCAACAGAGGAGGAAAGAAAGGAACAUAGAGAUCGCGGAGGAGGAUCUUCCCAAACCGGCCUGUGACCUGGAGGCGGGGAAGCCCCUCCCCUUCAUCUAUGGAGACCCGCCCCCUGAGUUCCUCAACACCCCAUUGGAGGAUCUGGAUCCUUUCUACCAAUCACAAAAGACGUUCAUCGUGCUGGCCAAAGGAAACGUCCUGUUCAGGUUUAACGCCGAGCCGGCGUGUUACCUGCUGAGUCCGUUCAACCCGCUGAGACUCGCCGCCAUCAGGAUCCUCAUCCACUCUUUAUUCAGUUUGUUCAUCAUGGUGACGAUCCUGACCAACUGCGGGUUCAUGACCCUGAGCGACCCGCCGGACUGGAGCAAGACCGUCGA